AUGGCGGCGUCAUCUCCGCGUUCAGGAGCGCGCGGCGGCGUCGUCUACUCGCAGUCCAGCGGUGCGGUCGCGCUAAUCGAUUCGACUGUGACGAACUGUUCGGCUGACUGGGACGGCGGCGUCGUCUACUCGCAGUCCAGCGGUGCGGUCACGCUAACCCGCUCGACAGUGACGGGCUGCUCUGCUGGCACUCGCGGCGGCGUCGUCUACGCGGUGUACAGCGGUGCGGUCUCGCUAACCAACUCGACCGUGAUGGAUUGCUCGGCUGAAAGGAUCGGCGGCGUCGUGAGGGCGGUGACAAGCGAAUCCCUCUCCGUCGCGGGUGUCGCCUUCAUCAACAACUCAGCGCCCUCAGGCUCGGUGCUGUACUUAGAUGAGCUCGAUCGAUCCUCGAUCAGCGACACCUCCUUCGCCGGCAACAUCGCCGGCAACGGGGCGGCGCUCCUCUCAUACCCCGCGCUCGCCCGCACCGAGUGCGGCCGCUAUGGCGCGGUGCUUCGGCUCGCGCGCUCCGAGUCGCAGGUUGGAUUCCAGCCCAAGUUCAAGAUCCUCGUCAGCUUCUACCAAGUUGCCGCGACGCUCGGGCCCGUCUACGGCGUCCACCUCCACAAGGACUUCACGCGCUGGACCAACUUCGUCGACGCGAUCUCCUUUGACCUCCUCGGCCUCGCCUACCCGAAUGCUUGCAUCGGCUCGAUGCGAGAUCGGAUCCUGAUCGCCGCCCUUUGGCCGAUAGCAGCUAUCAUGCUCGGAGGCACCGCCCUCGCUUGCUACGCGCUCACAGAGUGGCUCUUGUCGGAUCGCACCGAAAACCUCCGGCGCGGACUUAUCCGCAACGCGCAGAGCCGCCUGCUUUACUUGGCGAUUAUUGUCGCCUACUUGCUGCUGCCUUCCGUCUCGCGCGCCAUCUUCAAGGCGAAGCAGUGCGAGUCGUACGACAUAAACGUCUUUAGCGGGGAGAGACGCAGCUACCUCGUGGCCGACCUCAAGGUGCUCUGUAGCGCCGCCGACGUCGAGUACCGCGGCCUCGACGCCUACUUCUGGGCUUUCUUCGUACUCUGGCCGGUGCUCGUCCCUCUCGCAUUCUUCUCGCUGCUGCUCUGGAUCCGCCCCGAGGUGGUGUCGCAGCGAGUCGGGGACAUAGCUGGGGCGUGCCGCUUUCUCUGGCGCGACUACGAACCAGGCUUCCUCUUCUGGGAGGUGGUCGACCUGCUCCGCAAGCUCUUCCUCGCCUCGCUGGUGCUCUUCAUCAAUAUCGAGCAUGGAUCGAGCAAGCUCCUCCGCCUCGUCGUCGCUUCUGUGGUGUCUGCCCUCUUUCUUGCCGCCCUCGCCCUCGCGCGUCCCUUCAAGCAAUCCGACGACCUCUUCCUCGCGUGCAUCGCCAACUUGCUGCUCACCUGCUGCUUCAUGCUUGGUACUGUGGUUAAGCUGUGCGAGAGCGCAGCCUACGAGGACAUGUGCAAGACCCUCGUCGGCUUCGACAGCGCGCGCGGCGCCAGCGCUUUUGUCAUCGCGCUCACCGCCGCGAUGCUCAUCAUAUCGCUGCUUGUCGUCGUCUUGAAGACCGCCAGCGCCGUCCGCAUGCCCACCAUCCGCCUCGCCUCCUCCGGUCGCCCCCCAGUCCUCGAGCUGCCCCCCGAAUGCCACUUCCACGGCUUCAUCUCGCACUCUUGGGGGACCGGCCAGGACCAGACCCACACCGUCGUGCGGCGACUGCAGCUGCUCCUGCCCGGCGUCCGGAUCUGGCUCGACGUCGACAACCUCGAAGACGUGAGCAGGCUCGAGGAGUCAGUAGCCGACGCGAUGUCCUUCCUCGUGUUCCUGAGUGUCGGCUACUUCAGGAGCUUCAAUUGUCGUCGCGAGCUGUACGCGGCGCUCGGCUCGAACCGGCCCUUCAUCCCAAUCUUCGAGGCUGACGCGGCAAAGGGCGGCGCCUCGCUCGCGGUGUUGCAAGCCGAGUGCCGCGAGAACUGCGUCGAGGCCGCUCCUGAUGCCUACCCUUCCUACGGCGGGCCGGACGAGAUGAUCAGGCGCAUCUUUUGGGAGACAGAGCCGAUCGUGUGGGUGCGGGUGAACGCCUUUCAGCUCGAGUCGCUCAAAGCCGUCGCGCUGCGCAUGCUGCUGCACUCUCCUUACUACGUGAGUGAUCCGGCCGAGCUUGCCGACGGCGUGAUGGUGCCCGGCGAGACAGGGCCCUUCGCCUUCGGCGGUCCCGUCACCAUCCUCGUGUGCCGUGGCAACAGGGGCGCCUUCCACCUGGCGGAGGAGGUCAAGAAGACAGCGGGAAAGGGGCGCUGCUCUGCUGCAACUAGCGCUGCGGUGGUCGUGAUUCGCGAGGCGGAGGAGGCGCUCGAGGGAGCCAACGCGGCCCCGCUCUCCGGACACGUCGUGCUCCUGCUCUACCUGAACGAGAAGACCUUUCUGGACCCGGGCGGCGCCGUUGCGCGCCUUGUGCAAGUAGCGAUGGACCGGCGCAUCGCCGUCGUGCUGGUCCACGAGCAGGACCCUAGCUGCGGCGGCGUUCCUUUCCGCAACUAUUUCCAGCAGACGCCGCAGGUGCUGCAGCAGCAGCCGUACAAGCUCUACGACACAGUGGCGGUGCCGCUCUACCCGGCUCCGGAGCACCGCAAGGUGAGCUUGCGCCUCGUGCUGAGCGGCAUGGGAGCCGUCCCAUGCGAUGCGGGGCCGCUCCGUCGGCGGUGGCAGCUCCUCCGCCGCCGCAUGGCGAUAGCGCGCCUCGUGCGGCGGCGCCCCGCCGAGCCGCGCCAAGAGCCGCAGCAAAUGGUGCAGCCGUAG